GCGGUUGACUCUGAAGUUCGUGUUGUUUGAACCAUGGACUGUUCAUUAAGGGUUGGGACCAGGCUCCUGCGGAUGUAAACCACACUUUACUUCCUGUUCUGACUCAGUCGUGGUUUAAUGUUCAGGAAGCUGCAGAUCAUCAUAUCUCCACCAUUUUAAACUCUUUAUAAACCGUCUGUGUUCAAACCAGUUUCCAUCGUUGACCAGCGACGCUUCGUUCGAGUGACACGAUGGACAAAGAGGCUGUGCUGACUCAUGUCCUGAUGCAGAGACGAACUCCGUCCCUUCUUGGAGGAGAGCAGCCAGUCAGUGUGCUGAGCAGCAGCAGAUAUGUAUCCCAGAGGACAGACAGAGAGGUGGAGGACCAGCUGGCCUCCCUCGAUCACACCAUCCUCUCGGCUCUGUCUAGUGAAGUCAAGACCGUGCUCCUGGUGGGUGGAGAAGGAUCCGGCAAAACCACUGCUCUGGAGAAGCUGGUUGUGGCCUGGGCCAAAGGAGAACACCUUCAGAACUUUACCUGUGUUUUAUACUUCGGGCUGAGGGAGAUUAGGUCUCUUAAAGACGAGCUGUCCCUGGAGACUUUACUGCAGCACCAUCACAGUCCCGUUCCCUCUGAGUCCACGCAGCUCGUUCUGCAGAAGCCUGAGGAUGUGCUGUUUGUUUUCGAUGAUCUGGAUCAAUACAAACUUUCCCUGGACGCCUCCGUCCACACCCUCUGCUCUGACCCCCGCCAGGCAGUGUCGCUGUCCUGCCUGAUAUCCAGUCUGCUUCAUGGAUCACUGCUGAGGGGAGCCGCCUUUGUUGUGACGACCCGGCCAACAGGACACCUGAAGUUUCUGAGCGGCACCAGGGUGAAGGUUCCUGGGUUUUCAAAGCUCCAAAGAGAGACUUACUUCAAAGGGUUCUUCACUGACCCGGCUGCAGCUAACAAAGCACUACUGCACAUGGAGCGGACGCUGGGUUUUUAUGAUUUCUGCACUUCCCCUAGAUUCUGUUGGACAGUUUGUUCUAUUUACAAAACUCUGAUGGAUGCUGGAGCAAGACUGCCUGACACUUUGACUCAGCUGUAUGUAGAUAUCCUGGUUCACCUGAUGCAGGCGCUCUCGCUGAAGGAGGCCUGCAACAGAGAGCUGGUGCAGGCCCUCGGUGUGAUGGCCUCUCAUUGUUCCGCCAGCCAGAAUUCAAGCUGCACCAAAGAGGAACUCCACUCCUUUGGUUUUCAGAAAAUACUCUGCUCCGUUGGUGCUUUCUUGCACGUAGAUGGUGACCUGGAGUCAGAUGCGUGUGUUUUCUCUUUCACCUCCCCGCUGAUGCAGGAGUUCCUCUUGGCCGUGUCUUUCUUUCUGGACACAUCGGCGUCUGAGGGCGUGGCGAAGAUGUUGGAAAAGUACAAAGGUCACGCAAAGUUUCUAGAUCUCUUCUUGUCGGGGCUCUCGGAGCCGGAUCAGCACAGACCCCUGGAGAUCCUGCUGGGGGGGUUUAACUCGGAUCGUAUCUUGGAUUUUAAGAGUUGGUUUAAAAGCAGCUCAGAGGAAACACUGAAGGGAUGUUACAAGGACAGGCACCAUCGAUGCUUCCAUCUACUCCAUCAAGCCCAAAAUCUGAGUUUGGUGAAAGAGAUCAUCUCCCCGUCAGAACGUAGAGGCAUCAGCUAUGGCGACUUGAGCCUCCAGGACUGUGUCGCCCUGAACUACGUCUGGUCUUGUCUCGGUGAGAUGAAGCUGUUGAAUCUGUACAGUACGAGGGAUUUGACAGAAGAGAAGGCAGAAGUCCUGGCUCCAGCUAUGAGCUUAUCACAUAAGAUACAGUUGUCAAACAGCACCUUGAGUACCGGGGCCGUCUCUCACCUGGCGUCAGCUCUCAGCAGAGGACGCACCGAGGAGCUGGAUCUCAAUCACACCAGCCUCGCAGGUGAAAAGUUCAAAGUGCUCUGUGCGGGACUCCGAGACUGCAAGCUGCACACUUUAACACUUCUGGGAUGCGAACUGACUGAGGCGAGCUGUGAAGAUCUGAUGUCUGUGCUGACCUCAGGCUCCUCUCAGCUGCGUGUGUUAGAUAUGAUGUUUAAUCAGAUCGGUGACCUGGGCUUCACGAAACUGUGCAAAGCGCUGCACAGUCCUCAAUGCUCACUGCAACAGCUCCAGCUACGAAGCUGCGAGUUGACUGCAGUAUCCAUGGAGCCUUUAUCGGCAGCUUUGUGCUCUGGAACAUCCGAGCUGAGGAAAGUGGACCUGACAACGAACACUAUCGGUGACGGUGGAGUGGAGGCUUUGUGCAAGUCGCUGCAGCACCCACAUUGUAAACUCCAGAGCCUCAAUUUGAUUGAUACCGAGCUGACCGGUGUGUGCUGUCCUCAUUUGAGGGAGACCUUGAUGUCAGAGCACUGCUCUCUGUUAGAGCUGGAUCUGUCAGUGAAUGAUUUGGGCCAAGAGGGGGCGCUGUUGCUCUGCCAAGCCCUGAGUCGUCCUGGAUGUCCAGUGGAGAAACUGGGGUUGAGUCACAAUCUUGAUUUUCAGUGCCACAAAUCAAAGAACCAUCUUUCACAAAUAUCUGGUGAAAUUCAGAUAACAUUCAUUCUAUGUGCUCCACCCUGCAGGUUGACACGCUGUGAGUUAACGCAGAGGGUCUUUAAGGAACUGGGCUCGUUUCUGAGAAGUGGAACUUCUCUACUGAAGUCCCUGAAAGUGGGUUUAAAUAAAGUCGGAGAUCAAGGGGUUAAACAUCUUUGGGAUGCUGUUGCACAUCCAGGCUGUCUGCUGGAAGAACUGGAUGUUGAAAUGACAGAUUUGACGGACGCCUGUGUUGAAGACCUGUGUGCUGCUGUAAGAGCCAGUAAGACUCUGAAGACCCUGGAGCUGAGAAACAACUCCCUGACGGAUGCGUCCGUCCCGGCCCUCGUCCAAGUCAUGGAGGACAGCUGCAACAUGCAGGAGAUGAACCUGAAGUACAACGACUUUUCAGAGGACGUUUUCGAGAUGAUGGAGGAGUGCGGUAGAAUAAGAUACUGACGAAGACGGACUAUUCCAUCUAUUCUCCACCGGUGCUACAGGCUCACAUAUUGUAAUGCUGAUUGAUGCUUUUAUUACAGCUGAAGCACUGGGGCUGAGAA